AUGGACCUUAUUCAAGUGGCUGGUUUAAUGAAGACUGCGACUCAGUUCUCAAAGUGCUAUGAGAUGUUGGUAAAGGAAUUUAUUGUUAAUUUGUCUGAAGAAUGUGUUGAUGGCAAGUCUAAGGAAUUCAGGAAAGUGUAUGUGAGAGGCAAGUGUGUAAAUUUCUCUCCCUCAGUGAUCAACAAGUAUUUAGGAAGGCCUGAUGUAGCUCAACCUGAGCUUGAGGUGACUGACAACAAAAUCUGUCAAGUCAUCAUUGCUAAUCAAGUAAGGAAGUGGCCUCUCAAGGGAAAGUUGGUGGCGAGUAAACUGAGUGUCAAGGAUGCAAUGCUGCACAAGAUUGGAGCUGCUAACUCGGUGCCCACCAAUCAUAAAUCUACAGUUGUUUUUCCAAACAUCUUAACAGAGAAUGAUUCUGUGAAGAAACAAGACAACCCUAUGUCCUUCAAUAAUAAGCUAUUCCUAGGUACCCAUGUCCCUGACAUUGUCAUGACAACAGGUGAGACAUCACGUGUAAGCAAUCAACCAGGUAAAGCAGUUGUCAUUGCAAUGCUCAAAGAAACUUGCAGGGAGUUAGAAGCAAGGAAGCUGAACUUCGAAAAAUUGAUUAGCACUUUGGAGAUGACUAAAGGUGAUGUGCUUGGUGAAGUUGUUGCUGGUGCAGAAGAAGCUAAAAGACAAGGUGAAGAGGGAGAAGUAGAUGCCAGUCCUGAUGAUGGCACAGAUGAUGAUGCUGACUCUGAGUCAGAUGACUAG